ACGACAGUGGAGUCGCGUUUCAGUGUUGUGCUUUCGGUGAGAAAUCCACCAAAAAUGUUGCCAUUUGCGACUUUUAUUUGUGUGUUGUUUCUUUCAAAUGGACUUUUAAACGAUGUCUCGGGUCUCCAAGACAGCAACUUAAACAGUGGGGCUGUGUCCCAUUUUGAGCCCCAGGUGGCGAUGCUGUGCGAUGCGGGCCCCCAUGGUCAGGAGGCCUACCACCCCAAGUACAUGACGGAGCAAGGGGAAUGGUUGUCAGAUCUCUACUCCAAAGCGACGUGUUUCAAGGACAAAAUGGACAUUUUGAACUAUUGCAAAAAGGUUUACCCCAAACGAGAUAUCACAAAUAUCGUCGAAAGCAGUCAUUAUUUGAAGAUUGCGGCGUGGUGCAAAGCUGGAUCCACACCUGGGGGCCAAGCUAGAGGCAAGUGCAAAACUGCGAGAUGGGUCAAACCUUUCCGAUGCUUAGAGGGUCCGUUCCAGUCUGACGCCCUCCUGGUGCCCGAAAACUGCUUAUUCGACCACAUCCACAAUCAAAGCAACUGCUGGACAUUUGGCCGUUGGAAUGCCACAGCAGGAAACGCUUGCCAAGAAAGAGGACUCCAACUUCGAUCCUUUGCUAUGCUUCUUCCCUGUGGCAUUUCUUUGUUUAGUGGUGUGGAAUUUGUAUGCUGUCCCAAACACUUCAAAGACAACAUGAAACCGAAAAAACCGGUCGACUUGACAAUCCUGAAAAAUCCCAAAGAUCAAGACAUGUUUGACAAUAUCGACGAUGACGAUUCCACAUCCGACGAAGACGACGACAAGGACGACCUUGACGAUUUAGCCGACGACACGGAACUCUCCGACGACCCCAACAUCGACGACGAGGACGACGACGACGAUGACGAAUACGACGACUCGGAUUGGGACACCACCUCGUCGAGCACGACGUCCAAACAACCGGCAAUAUCGACGACGACGACCACCACCACCACCACCACCACGGCGAAGACAACAUCAGUGCCUACACCAGAUCCGUAUUUCACGCAUUUUGACCCCAGGAAUGAGCAUCAGAGUUACAAGGAGGCGCAGGAGCGCCUGGAGGAGACACAUAGGGAAAAGGUGACGAGGGUUAUGAAGGAUUGGUCCGAUUUGGAGGAGAGGUAUCAGGAUAUGAGACAAACUGAUCCUAGAGGAGCCGAUGAGUUUAAACAGAGGAUGACUCAGAGGUUUCAACAGACGGUGCAAGCCUUGGAGGAGGAGGGAGAUGCUGAGAAACACCAAUUGGCGGCUAUGCACCAGCAGAGGGUCCUCGCGCAUAUUAAUCAAAGGAAAAAGGAAGCGAUGACGUGUUAUACACAAGCCUUGAAUGAUGCACCACUCAAUACUCAUCGUGUCCAAAAAUGUCUGGAAAAGCUCCUCCGUUCCCUCCACAAGGAUCGCGCGCACGCCAUUAACCACUAUCGCCAUCUAUUGGCGAGUAGCUUAGAAGCGGCAUCUCGUGAGCAACCGCGCAUCCUCGAACGCUUAACCGACAUUGAUCGUACAGUUAAUCAAAGUAUGCAAAUGUUAAAAAGAUAUCCAGAAUUGGCAACGAAAAUCGGUCAAUUAAUGGAUGAUUACAUUCAAGCUUUAAGAUCAAAAGAUGAGACACCUGGAUCACUUCUAGCAAUGACAACUGAAGCCGAAGCCGCCAUUUUGGAUAAAUAUAAAUCGGAAGUGACCAAUAAGCAAGCGGAGAGAGAGAGACAGAGAUUGCAAGAGAAGGAACGAAAAGAACAGAGGAAGAAAGAGAGGUCGGAGUUGAGGGAGGAGAAGAAGCGAGUCGAGGCGGUUUUAGGGAAGAAAAUCAGUAAUUUUGAUGAUGAAGAUAUGGAGGAUGAGUCGCUACCGGAGGAAAGGACAACAAUAAUCUCGCCGACUGGAAGCUCGACUUUCGACAUCGUAAGCAACUCAAUAACCACAACAACAAGUCAUCGCGACGUCGACGACGCCGCUGUCCAACAAGCCGUCGAAGACGUCGCCGCCGUGGUGCACAAACAGGACGUGAUCCGAGUCGCCCAUGCAAUGGCCCAUGACAUCAGUCACGGCGAACCGACUUAUUCAGUCCGACGUGAAAUCUACGGCAGCAAAGACGGCAAAAGUGUGUAUUUCACUCUCGCCUUCGCUGGGAUGGCCCUCAUGGCCGCCGUCGUCGUGGGGGUGGCAGUGGCGCGCCGCCGAUCGGCGAGGUCGCCCCAAAGUCAGGGCUUCGUGGAGGUGGACCAAGCCGCCACCCCCGAGGAGCGACACGUGGCCAACAUGCAAAUCAACGGCUACGAAAAUCCAACCUACAAAUAUUUCGAAGUCAAGGAGUAAUAAUAAUCAUCAUAAAGACGUUGAUUUUAUUCGUGGUGCAUUUUGUUAGGUUAUGUUACGUCAUUCCAUUCCUUUACCAGAUUUUGACUAGUGUGAAACGGACCUAAUGUCAAAUUUUGACAUUUCAAUACAAAUGUCAAAAUGAGGUUAGAUAACCGUUUCAAAUGUCAUUUUUGACAUUUCUAAGGACCGUUUCACAUUUUUUUGGUACUUACGCAACUGAUAAUAAUUCGGCAUAUGCAAAAAGUCUAAAUUAUGAAAAAAGUAAUAAUUUUUGCAUAUGACAGCCAGUCCAUGUUUUACACUUAUUGUAUAAUCUUAAGUGAGCUGUGAAGUUACAUUGCCUUGGUGUAAUUUUACAGUGUGAAAAAGAGUGUAGCUAGAUGUAUGGUACCCUCCAUAAUAAUACAGGGUGUCCCGUAUAAACCCAACAUUCAAAAUAUUGGGAGUUUGAAUAAUCAUAUUUGUUUGAAAAUUGCUACACACCCAUAAUCCAUUAAAUCCUCCUAAAUGAAAAUAUUUUCAAGAUGGCGGCACUUCCGGUUAUACCGGAAAUCGGUCUCAACUUUCUUAUUUUAAAUAGAAAGCUAUAUUUUUUAUUGCGUUUUUGGAUUAUUUGGGUUAUUUUAAGGGAGUUUUCAUCAGCUUUCCCUAUACCUAAAUUUAGCCGUUUUUGAAAUAUUUAGAGUUUUUCAAAAUUUUCUAAAUUUGAGAGAAAUUUGCCCACACAACGCAAACAAUUUCAACGCAACAAUUUAUUUUUGUUUCUUUUCAAAAAUUCAAAGCAUUUUUUACAUAGAAAUU